AUGGCAAUUUUAAACACCAAUGUAUUUACAUUCAGUAGGCCACUUCAACACCCAAGGCCUAAUACACAAAAUCAACCUCGAAGAGAUGCUCGAUUCUCGCCCUAUCACAGGCCAGACACUGGUCCUGUCCCUUACGAAAUAUUCGAUUUUACAAAGGCUGCAGAUAGUUUCCCGAAUGUCAACAAUGGGGUUAAUGACGAAUUUUCAAAGUUAAUAUUGAAAAGAAAUCGAGAGCUUUCCCCUUCUGCGGAAGACCAAGCUGCUCUUGCAAGCUUAUCUCGUCGUGUAUCCUUUGCUCUAGAUAAUCUGUCUAUAGCCUCAUCACAAGAAUUACCUUUACUUGAAGAUAAAAGAGUAGUUGGAUCAUAUAAAAAUGGAACGAUAAUCAAAGGUCAUAACAUUGUAGAUAUUGCCGUCAUCUUUAAGGAUCAUCCAAAUCUUAUAGAUGUAGAACGUUUGGGUAAAAGAGUGGUAGAAAUUUUAAUUGAAAAUGCUAUUGAUGAAAAUGAAAGAGAUGUAGAAAUGGAGAUGAAUGAACUAGUUGAUAGCAAGAGUAUCCUUCAAGUUUUGACUGCUGUUCAACACGCAAGAUGGUUUGACGAAACUGCAAACUAUACAAACAUUCGAAUUGCAGUGAUUAUUUUUAAGGAUUUAAGACGCAGAAUGCCUCCGUUAGAACAGCUAUCAAUUUGGAUGAUCGAAUUAUUGGCUCAUUACGCUGCAUUUGAUAAAAAUCAACAUUUGUUGGAAGUCGGUGCUGUGAUACGGAGAAUGUUUAGAUUAUUGGCGUCUGGCAUAUUUUUACCAGGUUCAGCGAGUAUUAUGGAUCCAUGUCAGAAUAAGAAUUCUAGAGUGAACAGUAAAAUGUCAUUCGAAGACAUGGACAAAGUGGCAUGCUUAGCCCAAACUCUACUUAGGCUCAUAAGUCAUGGCUACUACCAAAAGCUUUUAUCUGAGAAUGACGAAGUAAUAUUAGAUUCACCCAUAACAUUUGGAGAUGUAACUAUUACUCCCAGUACUGCGGUUUACAGCAACAAAAAGGAAGAACCUGCAAAUUCAGAAGGCCAUACUGAAACUUAA